UUGUUACUCUAUAUGAGAAGUACAAAACCGAUGGUUAUAAUACAGCUGAACCAUAAAAUGAAGGAACCCGUUGUGAUAUAAAAAACUUUUACAACGAAAAAACAUCGUCAAGAAGUUUAACUUACGUGAAAAAUAAUAAAUCACAUGCGUCUGUCGAAAUGCUGGUUCUACACACGCGGACAAAUGAAUUAACGCAGAGACAGAAUUUUCAAUUCGAACACAAACUUCACACGUUUCUAGUCUACAACAUAACAAAAGCAACGGCAAACACAGAUAAACGAGCGGCUUAAUGAAUAUUAAUCAGGAAAAACCUAGCAACGGAUUCCAGCAGCGACAUCCAGCACAACAUCCUCAUUCACAUCAUCCACCACCACCAUUGCCGCCACCACCUUUACACACUUUGCAGCACAAUCAUUUGCAAGAUUUAGAGUUAGAAUACUUAAAGAAAGCACACGCUCACGCUCAAGCUCAAGCUGCACUCGCCUAUAACUACGAGCGAAACAUUUCGCGUCGCACGAGCAUUGAACACGAUCUAUCUGGCAGGAAUAACUCGCUUUCCACAACUGUUACUCCGAUGGUAAUGUCACCAAGUCGUCGUCCAUCGCCACCACGUGCUGCAGCUCAUCCAAUGAAUAUGCAUUUCAGUUCACUAGCGCAUGCACAAAUGCAAUUUCAGUCACAACUGCAUCAAAAGCUUUCAGCAGCUGCAGCAGCCGGUAGUGGACUAACGUCGACAAAUCACUUAAAUAAUUUUUUUCGUAAUCCAGCCUCACCUUCAUGUAGCUUGCCGCCACCUUCCUCAUCUGUAAGUCAGCACUCGCCAGCAGCAAGCUUAGCAAUUGCAUCGGUAGCUUCUAACAGUAAUGCUCAAGCCUCCACCACUUCUAGCAAUGCAACGCCAAAUCCACUUAGUCAUUUACAAAAUAUGCAACCUUUUGACUUUCGUAAAAUAAACACAGCAACUUUAGGUGCCUUUCCACCGCUUCCACCAGCACGUUUGAGUCCAAAUGAAAUUGCUCAUCAUCAACAUCUGCAACACCAAGCAGCACAACAAGCUAUUGCAUUAGCUCAGGCGCGACGUCGUAUUAAUGAGGCUACCACACCAGCAGAAAAGAACGCUGCUGUUGCAGCGGCUACAGCAGCGGCUGCACAAAGUAAUCAGUUUUUUAAUGCAAUGGCAAUGUCAGGUCAUCCACUGCCAUUCCAUUUACCACCACCUCCACCUCUACCACAUGGGCCACCUACUGCUUCACCUACUGGAAAUGGUGUCUCAAAUUUGCCACAGGGUCUGACUAGCAAUCAGGUAGCCGCUAUUGCCGUGGCAGCAGCAGCGACAGGUAACCCAAUGCCGCAAAGCUUAAUUGCUUCUCAUUUUCCUGCAAUGAACUCCAGUUUAAGUCUUGGCAAGCAUCAUCUGCGUUCAAAAUCGCCAGAUAUUGAAAAAAUCCAAUCAAAAUCUUCCCAGCAUCUGGAACCAAUAAGCCUAAGCCAUGGCUCAUCAAAUACACGCUCUCCAGCUCAUCCAAUUAAUCAACAUUCAUCGUCUUCGUCAUCUGCUUCUUCCGGAGCUUCUAGCUCGAAUUCAUACCAAAGUCAGCAACAUGAAUCAAAUCAACGAACAAUUCAUCAUGAGCAGUCCUCACCGCAGUCUCAACGAUUAUCCAGAAUAUCUGCUUCAAGUGGUCUACGACCAGGUCGAAAAACACAUUCACCAGGAAAACGUCAGUGGGGUUCACUACCCGCAAAUCUCGGCACUCAGUUCAUCAAUCCUGUAACGGGUAAAAAACGAGUGCAAUGCAAUGUUUGUCUUAAAACAUUUUGUGAUAAAGGCGCUCUAAAGAUACAUUUUUCAGCAGUACAUUUGCGAGAAAUGCACAAGUGCACCGUAGAUGGCUGUAGUAUGAUGUUUAGUUCAAGACGUUCACGCAAUAGACACAGCGCGAAUCCUAACCCAAAGUUACAUUCUCCUCAUUUACGUAGAAAGAUUUCUCCACACGAUGGACGUAGUGCGCAACCGCAUCCAUUGCUUUUACAACCGCCAAAUGGUUUAAUGGCCGGUCUUAAUCCAUUUGGUAGUUUCCCAUUACUUACACCUCCACCUGAUAUGCGACAUCAUUCUAUGCAAGGAAUGGAACUCAAACAUGGCCAAGAAUUCAUGCACCGCUCAUAUAUGGACAGUAGCAUGUUAAGUCGAUAUGACUCCCAUGGACGUCAUAUGCAAGGCAGUGAUGGUACUGGAGAGGAGGAUGAUGAUGAUGGUAUAUUAGACGGAGGCAUACAUAUAGGAGAUGAUGAUGACGACGACGACGAUGAAGAUGGCGAAGGUAUUGUAGUUGUGGGUGAUGAAGGCGAUAGUAUGCUAGAUAAGACUAAUUCCGAGGAUUAUAAUACCGAUGGUUGCGGAGACGGAACCUCAACCGUAGGCGAAAAUAGCCGUGAUGUGGAUAAUACCACAGCAAUAAUGACUGAAUUUAGUCAGACCAAAGAAAAAAUCUGCACUAAAGUAGAUGAGUGCGACGAUGAUGGUAAUACAGAUCGCCAAAGCAAUGAUAGUAAUGAUGAUUCAUUAAGUGUGGCGGAUUCGUAUAGUGUGCGGGAAGACUACGAAGGUACAGCGGGUCACAGUAAUGGCUGUAGUGGCACAUCGAAUAAUUACAGUUCUACAUCAAAUAAACGCAAACGAAAAAAUCAGAAUCCUGUUCGAUGCGCUGUGCAAUCAGAAGAAAAUUCCUGUGAUAACUCUAUUGAUUUUGACGUUGCGGCUGACUUAUCGAUGAAAACAACGACAGAAGAAUCAAUUGCGGAUGCUAAAGAAAGUAGAACAAUGGCCGAAAGUAAUGCAAAUUCACUAGACUUGACGAAAAGGGUACGAACGUCUGAAAGCCCGGUACCUGCAAGCGAUUCUAACGUAAGUGAAAGUACUAAGGUGCUUCCUUCACCACCAUUAACUCCAUCAACUGCUACAAAUGAGCUAACAACUACUAAACCAUCCCUGCAAUCUAGUACACCUGUUAAAUCUGAACCAAUAGAAGAAUACAGGGAACAAGCCGAAUCAAAUCAGGAAAGUACUUAUAAACCGCAAGAAUAUUCACUUGAUCUUUCUUCAGCGCAUAAAAAAGCUGUACAGACUGAUGUUGACAACCAAACUGAGAUGCUCAAAAGAGAAAAUAGUUUGACACUACCAAUUAAACAAGAACCCACUGAAGAACUACCGAUGACACCACCACCUUUAAAUAAAAUAGAAGAUGAAGACGAAAACCGCUAUCUACGCAUUAAAAAAGAAAUUCUGGAAGACGACGGAAAACUUAACAUAUCAAAUCAAGAGCCGAAAUGUCAAAUCAACAUCAAUAACAAUAUACUACCAGAAAAUCUUACCGCAAAGCGACAUGAGGCUGUAACCUCACCUACAAGAGAUGGUGCACAAAACAUCUCCAGUGAUGAACAUAAUGGAGACUAUAUACCAGAAGAAGCCGAAGUGCCAAUUGAUAAGGAUAACCCACUCAAAUGCACAGCAUGUGGCGAGAUAUUUCAAAACCACUUCCAUCUUAAAACUCAUUAUCAGAAUGUACAUCUUAAGCUACAUCACAAGUGCAAUAUAGAUGGCUGCAAUGCCGCAUUUCCUUCAAAGAGAAGCAGAGAUCGCCACAGUUCAAAUUUAAAUCUUCAUAGAAAACUGCUAUCCACUAGUGAUAAUCAUCAUUUAGAUCCGCUUCCCGAACCAAUAAACGCAAACAAUAACAAAAAUCAAAACUCGCAAAGUGCUCCUAGUGUCUUAUCUAACACUAUACAAGCCGAAUUCCUGGCACGUUUGUACGCCAGUUCACACAGCUUACCACCACUGAAUUUUGAAUCACUGAAGCAACAUUUCCCAAAUGUACCACAUUCUGGACAUGCACAUACGUUUCCUGAAACGUUCAUUAGUGAUCCACGUUUGUUGCUAAAUCAUCCUGGCAAUUCACUUCUUUUUCCAGGUUUAACUGGUCUUCCGGGGUUUCCCCAUCUCGCAUCACAUAUACUUGCCUCACCAUUUAAUGGUUUAAACCCAUUCUGUCGACGUUCGUCUACUGAUUCACACUCCCCGCGCUCAUUAACACCACCUAUUACGACAAGAUCGCCAAGUAAUACUUCAUUAGGAGGCCCAUCUUUGCAGAAACUAUCUCCCAUUUAUUCUCGACACGCUUCACCAGAAAAUGAAAUACAUACUGGGUCUCCAACGGCAUCCAUUGAAAAAUCAAGCUCACUUCCACAUCAAUUUGGCAAUCCAAACCUCCACCACCAGAGACACACACCUGACCGCAUUUCAUGACCCUAUGAAAGCCACUAUGCUGAAGUGAUGGCAUUUAGGCAAUGACCGUAAAAGAGAGGUGGCAACAGCACGAAGACCACGCAUGCGUGGAUCUUCAUGAACUUUCAGCCUCUAAACUGGUACUAAACGUGCAAUAAUGAAAGCUGAAGGAAUAGCGUUGGCCAGAAUUCAUUGAACAUAAACACACACUCGCUCAUUAAAUUAUUUUAUGUAAAAUUAGUAGAGAAUAAAAAUAAUUAUUACGUUGUAUUGCUAGUAAUUUAAAGAAAUUAGUAGUUAAAGUUAAUAACAUAAUAACUCCAGCGAUUAAAGGCACUCGUGGCGAAGUACGAAACAUGUAAAUUAGUGAUAACGAUCCAGAAACAACAAGUAUUAGCAAAUCACAAAAUACUCAAAUUUGUUUAUUGAUAAAUAAUUACAAUUGUUAAAGAAUUCUUAAGUAAUCUAUUGCGCAUAUAAACACUUUCGGGUUAUUAUGUUAAAUCAAUUAAAUUGAACGAAUCCUCUUGCGUUACUCAAAGUUCAAAACUUUCCUAAAGAAUUUUAGAUUUUGUUCCCAAAACAACGAUUUUCAAAAAAUUAUGAAAAAUGCGUAUAAUUGUUAAAGCGUAGGCAUAUCUGUUUAUAAUUUAAG